AUGGAGCUCAAUUCGCAGAUAACAAACGCAGUUCUUGAAACUCGGAUGGAAUUUGAUCGAAGGCGCCCGUCAUCACGAUCAAACCUGCCAGAACAGGCUUGGGAUAUGCAGGUCGACAUGCGCUUCUCCUGCAGCCAUCUCGCCAACUGGACUCGCUACUGCAGGUUUGCUGCAGCCCCCACAGGCGACACACAAUAUAACCUCCGAGCGUGUCGGCGAAACCUCAGAUCAGUUCUCCUGUCCAACCAAACACCUCACUCAUUGCCUACUGUCGAUUCCGAACCCGCUCUCUUGCUUCUGGAAUGUGACAUGUUGCUGCUACUGCUAUCGAUGUACUGUACAACGAACGGCAUUUGUAUCCCAUGA